AUGUCAUCCGACGCGGUCGACGACCAACUGAUCAAAAGAAUCAAAGAUGAGAUUGCAUUGAUCACGGGCGACAGCCUUCCCCCAGAGUUCAUCGGUUAUGGACCUUCUUUCAAUCGCCAGCGCCUCAGAAGAAUGGUGCACGCGAUCAUGCUGGCUGAAUUUGGGCGUGAUUACGUGAUUGGUAAUCCCACGCUCGAUGUGCUGUUGGUGUUUGCACAGUUUCACGUUGCUUGCAUCAUGAGAGCUGCCAACAUAGCUGCCCAAACGGCCGGGCGAAAAACCGUUGAGGCCGAGGAUUUCACGCUUGCGACCAAGCUGCUUGAGGAGAAGGAGCACCAGAUGAUGUUGAAGAGAGCUUAUGAGAAAUGGGGGCGAACGGAUCGGAUGAGGACACCGCACAUUGAUUCGAGGACGGUGCAACGAUAUGGCUAUGGUUGGUGA